GACAAAAAGCCUGCCCACUCUGCUCUCAUGAAUUGCAGGAAAACUAAAAUCUCUCUCUCUCAUCUGUUUAAAUGAUUAUUUGGUUUAAUAAUGGCGCCUUCUUCCUUUCAUUUCUAUUUUACCACACAUCAUAGCCUUCCUUCGUACUCCAACUCUUCUCUUUUUAUCAUCACUACCAACAAGCCCCUCGUCUAACUCAACUCCAGCAACCUCAAUUUGUAAGAAAAUCCAAAUGGGUGUGCUCGUUUUGGUUGUUUCAUCUCUUUUACUAUCGACCCUUUUCAGCAUUUGUACUUUUGCUCUCACCCCAGAUGGCUUAACGUUGUUGGAAAUUAGAAGUGCGUUUAAUGAUAGCAAAAACCUCCUUGGUGAUUGGGAAGCUUCGGAUGAGUUUCCCUGUAAAUGGCCUGGUAUAUCUUGUCAUCCUGAGGACCAUCGGGUUAGCUCAAUUAACUUACCUUACAUGCAACUUGGAGGGAUCAUUUCUCCCAGCAUUGGUAAACUCAGCAGGUUACAGAGACUUGCACUUCAUGAAAAUGGCUUACAUGGAAAUAUUCCUAACGAAAUCACAAAAUGUACUCAGCUCAGAGCUCUGUAUUUGAGGUCUAAUUAUCUUCAAGGUGGCAUACCUUCUGAUAUCGGAAACCUUUCUGCUCUUACAAUACUGGAUUUGUCAAGCAAUGCGUUAAAGGGUGCUAUUCCAUCAUCCAUUGGUCAACUCUCGCUUUUGCGUCAUUUGAAUUUGUCCACAAACUUUUUCUCUGGGGAAAUACCUGAUUUCGGAGUUCUAAGCACAUUUGGAAGCAAUUCGUUCAUUGGAAAUCUAGAUCUCUGUGGUCAUCAAGUUAACAAGGCUUGCCGAACCUCACUGGGAUUCCCUGCAGUGUUGCCCCAUGCUGAAAGCGAUGAAGCUUCUGUUCCUGUGAAAAAGUCUUCACACUACAUCAAAGGGGUAUUAAUUGGUGCAAUGUCCACUAUGGGUGUUGCACUUGUAGUGCUUGUUCCAUUCCUGUGGAUACGGUGGCUAUCAAAGAAGGAAAGAGCUGCCAAGAGAUAUACAGAAGUCAAAAAACAAGUGGUUCACGAACCAAGCACAAAACUUAUUACUUUUCAUGGUGACCUACCGUACCCAUCAUCUGAGAUUAUAGAAAAGCUGGAGUCACUAGAUGAAGAAGAUGUUGUCGGUUCAGGAGGAUUUGGUAUUGUAUACCGGAUGGUCAUGAAUGAUUGUGGAACCUUUGCUGUGAAAAAGAUUGAUGGAAGCAGAAAAGGUUCAGAUCAAGUGUUCGAGAGAGAGUUGGAGAUUUUGGGUUGCAUCAAACAUAUAAACUUGGUCAAUUUGCGGGGUUACUGUAGUCUUCCAUCUUCAAAGCUUCUUAUCUAUGACUUUCUAGCAAUGGGCAGCUUAGAUGAUUUCUUGCAUGAACAUGGACCAGGAAAACAGCCUUUGGAUUGGAGAGCUCGUCUUAGGAUAGCCUUUGGCUCUGCUAGGGGGAUUGCAUACUUGCAUCAUGAUUGUUGUCCAAAGAUCGUGCAUCGUGAUAUUAAAUCGAGUAACAUUCUACUUGAUGAAAACUUGGAGCCCCAUGUAUCUGACUUUGGACUGGCCAAGCUUUUGGUUGACGACGAUGCUCAUGUCACAACUGUUGUUGCUGGAACUUUUGGUUAUUUGGCUCCAGAAUAUCUGCAAAGUGGAAGGGCAACUGAAAAAUCAGAUAUUUAUAGCUUUGGAGUCUUGUUACUGGAGCUGGUGACUGGGAAGAGACCAACGGAACCAUCAUUUGUAGAGCGAGGCUUAAAUGUUGUUGGUUGGAUGCACAUAUUAUUGCGAGAAAACAAAAUGGAUGAGAUAGUUGACAAAAGGUGCAAGGACGUUGACGCCGAUACUGUAGAAGCAAUUCUCGAAAUAGCAGCCAAAUGCACGGAUGCCAACCCAGACAAUCGGCCAUCAAUGAGUCAAGUUUUACAGUUUCUUGAGCAAGAAGUCAUGUCACCUUGUCCUAGUGAUUUCUACGAGUCUCAGUCUGACUAUUCUUGAAACUUUCUGUAACAGAAAUGUUUAUUUGACCCCAGAUCUGUUAAUCAUCUGCAACUCUCUUGCAGCACUUGAAUGUUUCAUCUCUCUCUCAAUGAAAUAUGCAGAUCAUGGAGUUUGAUAGUUUGCA